AAUUUGUUAGAGAAAUCUACUGAGAGAGAAACUCGCCAAGAAUAUGCUCUUGCCAUGAUUCAGUGUAAAGUUUUGAAGCAGCUAGAGAAUCUGGAUCAGCAGAAAUAUGAUGAUGAAGACAUAAGUGAAGAUAUCAAAUUUCUACUGGACAAGCUUGGUGAGAGUGUGCAGGACCUUAGCUCCUUCGAUGAGUACAGUUCUGAGCUCAAGUCAGGAAGGCUGGAGUGGAGUCCUGUACACAAGUCUGAGAAGUUUUGGCGGGAGAAUGCUGUAAGACUAAAUGAGAAGAAUUAUGAGCUACUCAAAAUCCUGACAAAACUUCUGGAGGUUUCUGAUGACCCACAAGUGCUGGCUGUAGCUGCUCAUGAUGUGGGAGAAUAUGUACGGCACUAUCCCCGUGGGAAACGAGUGAUUGAACAACUUGGUGGUAAGCAGUUGGUAAUGAACCACAUGCAUCAUGAAGACCAGCAAGUUCGUUAUAAUGCACUACUGGCUGUGCAGAAGCUGAUGGUUCACAACUGGGAAUACCUUGGAAAGCAGUUGCAGUCAGAACAACCUCAAACGGCCACCGCACGGAGCUAAACACUUUCAUCAGUUCAUGCUUAUAACUAUAGUAUGUUUGUCUUUAAUAUCAAGGGAACAAUGAAGUCAUAUGUUCUUUGCCUGCUACUAGCACAUAAACUUUCCAGCUUUCCUCUGGUGAUUUUGGCUUGGUAAAAAUCUGUUUGUUCAACUAGUUCUGAUGAUUAUGCCUGUUAGCUUCUUGUUAUAUUCUGAAUGUAUAUGAGGAAAUGUGGCUAAUAUAUUGUGUUGUUUUAUGUAUUUAUUCUCGUAAUAAAGAAU